CCAGGGUUCUACAAGGCGUUUGCUGGGAAUAUCAAAUGUUCGAAAUGCCCUCCACACAGUUUCACCUAUGUCGAGGCAACAACUGUAUGCCAGUGUGAAAAAGGUUACUUCAGAGCUGAAAAAGAUCCACCUGCCAUGCCCUGUACAAAGCCACCUUCUGCUCCGAGGAACGUUAACUUCAACAUGAACGAAACAGCCUUAUAUUUGGAGUGGAGUCCACCAUUUGAUACUGGGGGCAGAAAAGACAUUAUAUACAAUGUGCUCUGCAAGAAAUGUGGUUCAGAUCCCAACGAUUGUGAACUCUGUGGUGGCGGGAUUCGUUUUGUACCUCGACAUUCCGGCUUGCAAAAUGCAUCUGUCACUGUGUUGGACUUUCUUUCCCACGUCAACUACACCUUUGAGAUCGAGGCCGUGAAUGGAGUAUCUGACCUCAGCUUCUCUCCCAAGCAGUAUACGUCUAUCACAAUCACCACUGAUCAAGAAGCUCCCACGUUAAUUGGCAUGGUGAGAAAAGACUGGGCAUCUCAAAACAGCAUCGCACUUUCAUGGCAAGAACCUGACUAUCCGAAUGGGAUCAUUUUGGACUACGAGAUCAAGUAUUAUGAGAAAGCCUACCCCCGGAUAGCGCCGGCAUUUUGGCACUACCUGCGGGUAGAAGAACAUGAACAGCUGAGCUAUUCAUCCACAAGAUCCAAAGCUCCCAGUGUUAUAAUCACAGGUCUCAAGCCUUCUACAAAGUAUAUAUUUCACAUUCGAGUCAGGACCGCUGCUGGAUAUAGUGGCUAUAGUAACAAAUUUGAAUUUGAAACUGGAGAUGAAACGUCAGAUAUGGCAGCAGAACAAGGACAGAUUCUAGUAAUAGCUACAGCUGCGGUUGGAGGAUUUACUCUACUGGUCAUCCUCACUUUAUUCUUCCUUAUCACCGGGAGGUGCCAGUGGUAUAUCAAAGCCAAAAUGAAAUCGGAAGAGAAAAGAAGAACAAAUUUGCAGAAUGGAAACUUGCGCUUACCGGGAGUGAAAACCUACGUUGAUCCAGACACUUAUGAAGACCCGUCCUUAGCGGUUCAUGAGUUUGCAAAGGAGAUCGAUCCUUCCAGGAUUCGUAUUGAAAGGGUUAUUGGAGCAGGAGAAUUUGGAGAGGUAUGCAGUGGAAGACUGAAGACGCCGGCAAAGAAGGAAAUCCCAGUAGCCAUUAAGACAUUAAAAGGAGGCUAUAUGGACAGACAGAGGAAGGAUUUCCUUAGAGAAGCAAGUAUCAUGGGACAAUUUGAUCAUCCGAACAUUAUACGACUUGAAGGUGUUGUUACAAAAAGCAGACCCGUAAUGAUCGUGGUAGAAUACAUGGAAAACGGAUCCCUCGACUCCUUCCUGAGGAAACAUGACGGUCACUUCACAGUCAUCCAGCUUGUGGGAAUGCUACGUGGAAUUUCUUCUGGAAUGAAGUACCUCUCGGAUAUGGGUUAUGUGCAUCGCGACCUUGCUGCCAGGAACAUUUUGGUCAACAGUAACUUAGUGUGUAAAGUGUCUGACUUUGGCCUUUCUCGGGUAUUAGAAGAUGAUCCUGAAGCUGCAUACACAACUACUGGUGGGAAAAUUCCAAUCAGAUGGACAGCUCCAGAAGCAAUAGCUUACCGAAAGUUUUCAUCAGCUAGCGACGCUUGGAGCUACGGCAUCGUCAUGUGGGAGGUGAUGUCAUACGGCGAGCGGCCGUACUGGGAGAUGUCAAAUCAGGAUGUCAUUCUGUCGAUAGAAGAAGGUUAUCGGCUUCCAGCACCCAUGGGCUGCCCAGUCUCCCUUCAUCAGCUUAUGCUUCAUUGUUGGCAAAAAGAAAGGAACCAUCGACCCAAGUUUUCAGACAUUGUAAGCUUCCUGGACAAGCUUAUACGCAACCCCAGUGUGCUUCAAAUACUGGUGGAAGAUAUUGUGGGAAUGCCGGAAUCACCAGGUGACACACCUGAUUAUCAUUUUUUCGUCACAGUCACUGAGUGGCUCGAAUCCAUAAAGAUGGGCCAGUACGCCAAUAAUUUCAUGGCAGCAGGGUUCACAACUUUGGAUAUUGUUUCUAGAAUGAACAUUGAUGACAUCAGGAGAAUCGGGGUUUCACUCAUCGGACACCAGAGAAGAAUAGUGAGCAGUAUACAGACUUUGCGACUACAGAUGAUGCAUAUACAGGAAAAAGGAUUUCAUGUAUGAGAUUAGUAGAAGCAACUGUUUUGUGCCUCAGCAUUUAUUUAAAAGGAGAUAUUCUUAUUCCUCAUUUUAGACUCUCGCUCUCUAGAUUAACGGACAUUUAUUCCAAGAGAGAAGACUCUUCCAGACUGGGCUUUUUGAAAACUUUGCAUAGUUCUGGUCUUCAAAUUAAACUCUGGGCUCUACACCAAGACUGUUGCCUCAUAGCAAGGAGUGGCAACGAUUACACAUGGAUGCGUGACAAUAUCCUUUCAUUUUUCGCAAACUCCAUAGCAAAUUUUGGAGAACUCUUACUUUUUCUGUUAUUUUUAUUUUCGUGAGUAUGUGUCUAAAACCUAAUGGUAACAGUUCAAGCGUCAGACC